UGAAUCUAAUUUCGCAAAAAACUAUAAUAAUAAUAACAAGCUGAAACGACAAAAAAAAUACCGAGGAUGUCAUGAUAAUUUAGCGAAAAAAUUCGGUGCCAGGCGGAGCACAAUUCGUCGUUAAAAGUUCAAUUGCAAUACUCCGGUAACCCACUCGAUCGUCAGUUCUAGUUUUUGACAAGGGCGUGCAUACUAACACAACAGACAACAGUGUACAGUCAUAUUCUUGGCAUCACUGUGAACUAUUGUGAUAGACUAUCCGUCUUAAACGUUUCAUCUUCAUAAUUAUAUAUGCGUGAUAUGUCUAAUGACAACACAAUGCCUGAUAACGAAUGUCAUCGUUGCUCUGCUGGAAAAAAAGAAUCCGUAACACGCACGUGUGAUGAACAGAAAGAAAUUCUCUCGAAAGUUGUUGAUGAUUAUUAUCCUUGGGGAAAACCUGGUCAUGGUGCUCCCAACGACGAUGGUCUUCGAAAAAGGAAAAUAUUUGCAGAUCCUCCAUCUCCUCCUUGGAAGGAAGUUAGUAAUGAAGUGACAAAAAUGGGAAGGCCAGGAGGUGGUGCACCUCUUAAAACGUCAUCAGGAAAAAUCAAAAACUUCCGUAUUGAAGACCCUCAACUUAGAUUUCAAUUCCAUGCUCCCGAUAGAAAUAUUGUGGACAAUGAUCUUCGAUAUAGAAUGCCAUUGAAAGACCAAAGAGCAUAUAAGUUAGAAUUAGAUGAAAUGGUCAGGGAAAAACAAGAAAUAAUUGAAGAAAACCGCAGAAAAGAAAUCAUCCAAGAUCAAAAACUGAAUUCGAUCGCAGAUCCCUGGGGUACGCCAUGCCCAGGGGGUGUUAUUUGGAGAGAUCCAAAAAGUAUUGGAAAAAACUUCUUUCGAUCGUUGGGAUAUGUGGAUGGAAAGAUAUUUAAAUUGGGAUCGCAUCCAAACGACAAUAGAGAAAGCACAGAAGAUAUUGAAGCAAUUACGGGCGGUGUAGAGUUAGCACCAUUACUUGCGUCAAAAAGAAGACAAGACACGAAAUGGCCUUUGCACACAAGUGAUAUAACGAAAAUAUAUGAUCCAAAAUCAAAUUUUUUGAUAGAUGAAAAAGACUAUCACAAGUUUCUCCAAAGACAAAUAAGUGGACGUGAACAACGCAAACAGCACGAGUACCAAGAAGAUAUACAAGAAGGACGAAAGCACCAUGAAAGUUGGAAUGAAUUUUGGGGUAAACCGGGUGGUGGAGCACCAAAAGGGACAUUGAAACAAAAAGAAAAUCUAGAGUAUAUUCUCUAUCAGCUUCCUGUAAUCAACAGGUUAAAAGAAAAAGAAGAGAGAGGAAAUUGCGGUGAUCAUAAAAAAUCUCCUGAAAAAUAAAUCAACUCUUAACAGCUCAUCUCUUUUAUAAUCAGCUAUAGUUAUAGUCGUCCACAGAGGGAAUAGCGGUACUUGUAACAUUUAUGCAAUGACUAAUGAAUAAACGGUUAACUUAGUUCGUAGAAUUAUGUUCAGAAAUUCGAUUUUCAUUAUUUAUAAAAUUUAAUCUUUAUUACGCGUGGCCUAAUUAAAAUUUUGUUCCACAAAAUAAA